AUCCAUAUAUACUUCUUUUUUAAAAUCACUAAACUCUCAAGUCCUAAAUUUAUAGCUUUGUUAUACAAAACAAUGGCUUCCUUUGCUUCCGGCUAUGUAUUCCUACAAUUAGUCCUGCUCAUCUCUCUGUUUCAUUUUGGCUCAGCAGCUAGGAGCCUUGCUCAGACCAGCUCAGACCAAACCCAGCAGCCUAUACUAUUUCAAUACCACAAUGGUCCUCUUCUCACUGGUAAAAUCUCCAUCAACUUGAUCUGGUACGGAAAGUUUAAGCCUUCGCAGCGCGCAAUCGUUUCCGAUUUCAUCACAUCCCUUUCCAUUUCUUCUCCAUCUGAAAACCAACCAUCAGUUGCUACAUGGUGGAAAUCCAUAGAGAAAUACUAUCACCUUGCCAGUGCCCAGAAAACCUCAUCUCUUUCCCUCUCAUUGGGUACCCAAAUCCUCGAUGAGAGCUACUCUAUGGGCAAGUCUCUGUCGCAAACACACAUCAAGAAGUUGGCAGCUAAGGGUGGCCAGAGUAAUGCCAUCAACGUUGUCUUGACCUCAUCAGAUGUUCUAGUUGAUGGGUUUUGCUCUAGCAAAUGUGGUACACAUGGUUCUUCAAAGACCUCCAUAAUCAGAGGCAAGAGCUCCAAGUUUGCAUACAUCUGGGUGGGAAACUCAGAGACACAAUGCCCUGGUCAGUGUGCUUGGCCAUUCCACCAGCCUAUCUAUGGACCACAGAAUACGCCAUUGGUGGCACCCAACAACGAUGUCGGUGUGGACGGUAUGAUCAUCAAUCUAGCUAGCCUUUUGGCUGGGACUGUGACCAACCCUUUUGGAAAUGGGUUCUACCAGGGUCCCAAAGAAGCUCCAUUGGAGGCUGCCUCCGCUUGUCCCGGUGUAUAUGCCAAAGGAGCGUAUCCUGGUUACGCCGGAGAACUCUUGGUUGAUGCUACAACCGGUGCCAGCUACAAUGCCAAUGGUUUGAAUGGGAAGAAGUACUUGCUCCCUGCUUUGUUUGACCCUGCUACCUCAACUUGUUCUACUCUUGUUUGAGAGUAAAUUAGGAGUUGAGACCACGUUACAGUACAGAUUAUGUAGAGAAUAUAGUCAUUAAUGCUUCAAAUCACAUUCUUUAUUGUUUGAAACUAAAGUAAUAAAAAUUCUAAUUUUCACAGUAGUUUG